AUGUUAGCCACAAAAUCCAAACCACCCCAUGAGAUUCUGUCCGGCCUUCGAGACCAGCAGGUCCUCAUCCCCGAGCUGCGGGCUUUCUUCCCUGCGGCUGAAACCGCAAACCCUAACCACGCAAAACUUGUCCCGUCCACAAAUGAUUUCAUAGAUAGCCUGUUCCCGGGAAAUCCAAAGAAGGCUGAAAAGGUCAAAUCGACUGAUUUGGCGUUGUUGGCUUGUUUGUGGUGGCCUCAUGCGGAGUUUAGAACCCUGCAGGUUCUUGCAUAUCUGAUCAUAUGGCUCCUCAUGUGGGAUGAUGAAUUGGAUCAAGUAUCCGAAUCUCUGGCUUUGGGAGGGGAUUUCACAGCUAGUCAGAGGUUUCGGGGCCAGACGUUGCGGUACAUGAGAGGGAGUCUUGGAAUGGAUGGGGCUGAAAAAAGAAGCGUAUUUCCAGAGGAGUUCGAGAAUCAUUUCUUGCAGAGAUUCGAGCCGAUUGCUCAUUUUAUCAAAGAGGAGUAUGAUCCCGUGCACAGGGGUCUGAUUUUGGAGGAGAUGGAGUUCACUAUUGAGAUGUCCUGUUUAGAACAGCAACAUCGCAUCCAGGGACGACUGCCUACUAUCGACGAGUAUUGGACUUAUCGACUUGGCACAAACCUCAUGGGCGUAGUUUGUGCUGCAACAGAACUUAGCAUGAACAAACGACUUUCGCACUCGACGCUCCUGCAUCCUUUUAUGAGAGAUAUCUGUCUUCAGACUAAUAGAAUCAUCGCAAUAACCAACGAUAUUCUCUCUCUCCGAAAAGAAGUGGAAAAGGGAGAAGUGUGCAGCCUCAUUCCUCUCCUCUACAAGUCCAACGACUCCCUUCAGGAGGUUGUCGACAUGGCUGUUCAUUUGCUCAAAGACGCCAGCCAUGAUCUGGCCCGGUACGACGCAGGUCUAGCAACACAGCUAGGGGAUAAAGCUUGCGAGACAUUCUUACAGUCUUGUUAUGACUACUGUACUGGGUUCCUUCAUUGGAGCCUGACGACAACUCGGUACAAUUUGGCUUCUGUGCCGAGAGACGAAAACGGCUCAAUGGUGCUUUCAUUGAAAGUGUAA